AAACCAUUUCCCAUGAAGUCGCCUCCUUAUCGCACCGGCUUUGCCGGCUCAUGAAGCAUGAUUGAAGCAGAGGAUCGUUUAGUCCGGUCCGAGCGGUUUGAUUGAACACAUCUUCGGAUGUGUCUCGUCCAGUGAAACAGUUCAAAACAAAAUUACAAGAUGCGUCACAAGUGGUUGCUGCUUAUGUGUGUUGGUGUUAUCUUAGUACAGGCAACGUUGGCCAAUACUGAGGAUGGUUCAAACAGCCAAAAUGAACCUGAAGAAGGAGAAAAUCAAGCUGAAGUUUCGGACCAGCAAUCAACUCAAUCCCCAAGCGUUGAUGAACAAAAUGCAGAUAAAGACUUUGAAAAUGACUCCAUGAACCCAGAAAACAAUUCAACUGAUACUGAUACAGCUACUGCAAAGCCCCAGAAAGAGACUGCCAACGAUGAGCAUGUUCAUUCAAACAGGGAAUCUAAAGCCGUUAUACCAGCAGUUGGACGAACCACAACCAAGAAGCCAUCCUACAUCUGUACCAAAUCAAAUCUCAACUACGAUUGCAUACUGCAAGACGUACGGCUAAACCACAACGAACCCAAUGUUUUCGGUCUCGGUUGGAAAAACAAUGAUCAAAAGAAUGUCACUUUCACUAACUCCAGAUUGCAGUAUUUGCCAAAACGAUUAUUUGAAGCAUUUCCGGAGAUGGAAUUGUUGAAUGCUGAAGACCUUCAGAUAGAAGAAAUUGAACAUCAAGCUUUUAGAUAUGCCAGAACGUUAAAAACGUUAUACCUUAAAAGAAAUUUAAUCUCAAACAUAGACACGUUCAAAGGAGUACCCUUGUUAGUUCACCUAGAUCUAUCUAAUAAUAAAAUAACUAAAAUUAAAAACGGAGCUUUUGAAAGAAACACAAAACUCGAACGGCUCUUUAUAAACCAAAACCACAUUUCAGAGCUGCCAGGCUUCCAAAACAUUGAUAAUCUUGAAGAGCUAAAUUUGUCAAAUAAUGAUCUUCAAGCAAUAUCUGACACCCACUUCAGGGGCAAUCCCAUGCUGAAAAGUUUAGAUGCAUCUUACAACCAACUUAGACACUUUAAUUUGAACCAACUCAAUGAUAAGCCAAAUCUGUCUUUCAUAUCUGUAAGCUUUAAUAAUCUUGAAAGCCUUUACAUUCCAGGACAAGUUCAAAAAUUGGAUGCUCGAAAUAAUUCUAUUAGUUAUGUCAAUGCCAAUUCCUGUUCACUUCAAAAUUUAUACUUAUCAAACAAUCAAAUUACAGACAUAUCAGCAUUGCGCAACUGUAGAGGCAUGAUAAUUUUAAAUUUGUCACAUAACAAACUCCAAAGCAUUGAUUUGAUCGAUGCUAUGCCUGAAUUAAGCAAUUUGAAUGUUGCACACAAUCAAUUAUUUGAAAUAAAUUUUCCAGCAAAGCCGGAACAUCCUCUACAAAUUUUAGAUUUAUCAUAUAAUAAGCUUAGCUUUGGACCCACUAACAAAUUUGAUCAAAUGAAAACUCUCAAGUUGAAUAACAACAAUUUUAUUGAAUUUAAAUUUGGUGGAAUGAUGAAGAGUCUCAAUUACGUACUACUAAGCAACAAUGAGUGGAGUUGUGAGAAAAUCACGCAAAUAAUGCAAGAAAAAAGAGAAAUAGUUUUCGAUAAAAAUGAAACCUGCAUAAAUUCUCAGGCUAGAUUACUAAAUGGGAUUUGCUGCAAGGACUACAAGCGUGCUUUUAAUGAUCGCCUAAAAGAGAUGAUUCAAGAAAUUUUUGUUCAUGAAAAUGUAAACAAAAAAGAUCUAGAGACAUGCAAAACAACCAAACCAGCGUUUGGAGUGAGUCAACCUAACGUCCAAACGAUGCAUAACAAAAUUGCUGAACUGGACAGUUCUAAAAGAGAAAUGUUCAAUGAACUGGAGACCGUGAAAAGUCAAAUUGCACACAUCGAACAGGAAAUCACAAGUAACACAACAAGGCAAUAUAAACUUCAAACACUAAACCAAAGUUUUAAACAGUUAAUUGAACAAUAUCGAGGAAAUUACGGAAUACCCAAAGAAGGUCUGAUCAGUCCUUCCAAGACGCUUGAGAAAGUAGAAAAGUACACCCAGGAUAGAAAACGUAACAGCGAAAAUCUGUUAGCACGUCGGACAAAUGAAGUUGAAGCAACCAAUGCUCGCAUGGAAAGUAAGAAUUCGGAGAAGUUUACCUCACAGAGUGAAAAUGAAAGACUUGAGGCAGUGCUGAAAAAUAUAAAGACAGAAGAAUCUAAAUUAAAGAAAGAGAAACAACUUUUAGAGAAAACAUGGAACAGAAACUCCCCAAGUGUACAUGGGUAGUGUGGAAUGAGAAACUGGCAAAAACUAAUAAAUACUGAUGUUUUUUUUUUAA